AUGAAGUACUCCGUUCUUGCUGGUCUGUCCCUGCUGGGCUCGGCCAUGGCCACUGUGCCUACCAUUGAGAUCAAGGGCAAAAAGAUGUUCUACUCUAACAAUGGCACUGAAUUCUUUAUCCGUGGUGUCGCAUACCAGGCCGACUACAACGGUGGAGGAGCCUCUGGAAGCGGUUCCGGUGCCAACUCCUACGUUGACCCGCUUGCUGAUGUCGAGAGCUGCAAGCGUGAUAUUCCGUACCUGGUUCAGCUGCGCACCAAUGUCGUCCGUACCUACGCCGUCAACCCUAACUCUUCUCAUGACGAGUGCAUGAACGCCUUAGCCGAUGCCGGUAUCUACGUCAUCAGCGACCUUUCUUCUCCCGGCGAAUCCAUCCAAUCCAGCGAGCCCACCUGGGAUGCUGACCUGUUCACUCGCUAUUCUGAAGUUGUCGAUGCGUUUGCGAAAUACCCCAAUGUGAUCGGUUUCUUCGCUGGCAAUGAGGUAUCCAAUGAAGUUAACAACACCGCUGCCAUGGCCUACGUCAAGGCUGCUGUUCGUGACAUGAAAUCCUACAUCAAGGAGAAGAACUAUCGCUCCUCUCUGGCCAUUGGUUAUGCUACCGACGAUGACCAGACCGUCCGUGAACAGAUCUCAAACUAUCUGAUUUGCGAUAGUUCUGAGGACUCGAUUGACUUCUUCGGCUACAACAUCUACGAAUGGUGUGGUGACUCCUCCUACUCCACCUCCGGCUAUGAAGAGCGUACCAAGGAGUUUGCUGACUACCCCGUCCCCGCCUUCUUCUCGGAGUAUGGCUGCAACACUCCUCGCCCUCGUAAAUUCACCGACGUACCCGUCCUCUUUGGUCCAAAGAUGAAUGACGUCUGGAGUGGUGGCAUUGUUUACAUGUACUUCGAAACUUCCAACGAGUAUGGUCUGGUCUCCACCAGCGGUAAUUCGGUCAAGACCUUGCAAGAUUUCGAAAAUCUGUCUUCCCAGAUACAGAAGGCGACCCCAACCGGUGUGAACAGUGCCAGCUACUCCGUUUCGACCACCGUCGGCCGUAGCUGUCCCACCGUCGGUUCUGACUGGCUUGCCGCUAGUUCUCUGCCCCCCUCGCCGAAUGCCGAUCUGUGCGAGUGCAUGUAUAACGAGCUGGAAUGUGUGCCUGUUGACGACAUUUCGACCAAGAAGAUGACCGAUACCUUUGACUAUCUCGGCGGUAUGAAGGGCGCCAUGUCCGGUGUUAACCACAACUCCACCUCCGGUGUGUAUGGUGCCUACUCCAUGUGCAACAGCCGACAGCGUCUCGCUUGGGCCAUGAACCGGUACUACCAGCUCAACGGGAAGUCCGACAAGGCCUGCGGCUUUAGCGGUGCCGCCGAGAAGAAGUCUGCCACAACCGCCAGCUCCUGCUCUGCUCAGUCCUCUGCUAUGAGCGCCAUUGGUUCCGCUGGCACCAACUUUAUCAAUGCUGGUGUGGCCGCCUCCACUGCCGCUGGCUCCACCGCCACCUCCAAGGGUGCAGCCGCCCUUCCUUUCGGUCCCCAGUACGUCCACAUUGGCGCCUGGCAGACUGGUGCUUACCUGGUGGCAGCCGUGGCCUCAGGUGUUUUCAUGAUCAUGCUGUAG